GUUAUUCUUCUGGAGAUCUCAUGCAGGAGAAGCAUUUGCUGAUCUAAUGGAGAUCAAUCAAAGCUUCAGAACGCUUUCAGUGGCAGGUUUUCUCUCCAAUUAGCCCACUGUACUUUCCCUCUUCAAACAGUGCCAGAGCCGGCAGCCAAUCAGAGCAGAGAGUCUCUCAGGCUCCGCCCCUCUCUUCAGUCAGACUCUCGUCCUCGAGGAGCAGAAGAGCAGAAACUCCUGAGCCCUCCAGAAGAUCAUGAGAGUCCUGAGCGCUUUACUCCUCGUGAGUGCUGUCACAGCGUCUGUGAGAGGACACACAAACUUCACAGCAGAGCCUCCUCCAGUAAAGACGGUGCUGAAGUCCAGCUUCCAUCUGUAUCACGAGGGCAGAGUGUUUGAGGAGACCUGCGCCGUGGUCCCGUUCCGGUCCGAAACCCUCCACAGAUGCGCCUACAACCACAGCGACCCGCUGGUGCUGAUCAUACACGGCUGGACGAUGAAUGGACUCAUGGAGCCCUGGCUCUUCGAUCUGGCCUCUGCGCUGAAGGUCCGGCUCGAGCGGGUCAAUGUUCUCAUCAGUGAUUGGAGGAAGCUGGCGCUUCAGCCGUAUCCAAUCGCAGCCAAGAACAGCAGACAGGUGGGGCGGGACGUGGCCGCGCUGCUCAAGUGGCUGGAGGAAGUGGCGCAGCUCUCCAUGGAUGACGUCCAUCUGAUUGGCUACAGUCUGGGAGCGCAUGUGGCCGGAUUCGCUGGAAGUCAUUUCAGAGGACUGAGGAAAGUGGGCCGCAUUACUGGUCUGGAUCCGGCCGGGCCGCACUUCGAGGGUCUGCCGGCGUUUGACAGACUGUCUCCAGACGACGCUCAGUUCGUGGACGCCAUCCACACCUUCACCGGCUCCAGCAUCGUGCCAGGAGUGGGAAUAAAGCAGAGCGUCGCUCACGUCGACUUCUACCCCAACGGAGGCUCCUUCCAGCCCGGCUGCAAGAUGCUGGACAUUUACAGCAACGUCUUCCAGUACGGCCUGCAAGGAGUUCCCAAGACCAUUAAAUGCGCCCACGAGCGCGCCGUCAAGCUCUUCACCGACUCCCUCAUCAACGCCAGCCAGCCCAUAAUAGGCUACCGUUGCCGUGACGACAGCGCCUUCAGCAGAGGCCUGUGUCUGGACUGCAAGCAGCAGCGCUGUAACACACUGGGCUUCGCGGUGCGGCGCGAGCGAUCAGGGAGGAGCGCUAAAGGCCUGUUCCUCAGAACCGCACCGCAGCCGCCCUACAGAGUGUUUCACUAUCAGAUCAGAGUCCUGCUGAAGAACCUGAUCGAGCCGCUUGAGGCCUCGCUGUACGUCACACUCGACGGCACCGGAGGAGAGAGCCCAGAGCUACCCAUAAUCCUGCAUCAGGAGAGCGGCGCUCUGAAGAGCUUCUCGUCUCUGCUGGCGGUGCCGUGGGAUCUGGGCCGGCUCCGCUCCGUCAGGCUGGUCUGGAGGGGAGAUCUGGUCUGGUCCAGCUGGAUGAGGCGCGUCAGGAACAUCAUGAGCUGGAACAGCUCCGAUCGGGACACGGAGCUCAGCGUCUGGAGGAUCCGCAUCAAAUCAGGAGAGACUCAGGAGAAGGGGUGGUUCUGCGGCGUCUCGGCGGGGGGCUCUCGUCUCAGGAUCUCGGAGGAGCAGGAGUUCACUCGCUGCCGGAUCAAACAUCAGAACACAAACAGCAGCGCUUCAACCCAGUCUGUUUAUUAAUGCAGUUCAAGUACUCCAAAAAAAUUACAUCUCUUUGCACAAUACGUUCUGAAAUGUUACGUAAAAAUGUUCAAAGUGAACAAAAAUUUAGGUACUGUAUAAAACACAGUGAACAUUAACAGACAGCAGUAUUAAUUUUUUUUUUUCUGGUUUUUCAUUCGUUUCUCAAUUUUAGUGUUCGGCCUAUUUUCACCUACGACAUCUGGACUCGAUUAAGACGUUUUUUUUCAGUGCACUUUUCCUCUAUGAAAUUUCACCAAGACUACGUAAAAAUGAAAAAAAAGUCAAAUACAGGCAAAUAUUCUCUGAUCCAGACCGCCGCAAAACCACCGAGCCGGGUUUGUUCCUCGCGGAUGGCAGUACGGUGCGCUCGGCCUGGACUCACAAACGCUAAAACAAAAGAACCGUAUCAAAACCAACAGAAAUCCUCCAGUUACUGUACAGAGUUCACACGAGAGACCAGUCCGUCUCCACCGUGAUGAAGAUGAUGAUGAUGAUGAAGGUGUGUUUCUGUCAGAGUCUGUAAACUAAACAUGUUAAUGUGACGGUUAGUACCGUGAGAAUCCUCCGCUUUCCCAUGAUGCUCAGUGGCUGCAGUCUUCUGAAGCGAUCGCACUGUCAUUAAACACAAGUCUGCGCUGCUCUUCAUGCACACGUUCCUCAUUAGUGGAGUGUGGUGAGUGUGAGUGUACGGCAAGCCACCUUAACAUUUAACCCUACAACAGACUAGUGUCCACUCGCACACCGCUAGCACUCGUUCUUUAGCUACUAGUGCGCAGCUUUAGCUAUUAGUACCUCUUUAAAAGAUAACAGUACCUAUCCAUUAGAUACUAGUGUUUCUUCAUUAGAUACUAGUGUUUCUUCAUUAGAUACUAGUGUUUCUUCAUUAGAUACUAGUGUUUCUUCAAGAGAUACUAGUGUUUAUUCAAGAGAUACUAGUGUUUCUUCAAGAGAUACUAGUGUUUCUUCAUUAGAUACUAGUGUUUCUUCAUUAGAUACUAGUGUUUCUUCAUUAGAUACUAGUGUUUCUUCAUUAGAUACUAGUGUUUCUUC